AAUCUAGUGUUUUCAACAGCAGUACGCAUCUGUUUUGUUGGGCAGUGCCCUGAGCUUCUACCCUAAAUGGUUUAGUUACUUUCGUGAUUUAAUGGCUUGUGUUAUGUUAUCUACACCGAAUUCUUCUAGUUUUGUUGCAGGUGUCUUCUGGUACUGCUGCCUUGGUUUUGUGCUUCUACGUUUAAUGGGAUAUAUCCUCCUUAGCUGCCCUUCUGUGUGAUUUUGAAUGAUUGUUAUUCCAGCCAGGCUGCUACAAGCUUUAUGUUUCUUGAAUCUCGCCACUCGAGCACACCUCAAACUCUAACAGCAUGUUUUUAAACUAAACUAUAAGUGGUUGAUGACGUCAAAUCUGUAUUUUAUAAAAGUUGGGCUUACAGGUUUUAUCCCUACAUGUGUUGUGAAUCUUAUGAUCAUGAAGAUAGAAAUUGAUAGAGCAUCAGAAAUCCCACUUAAUACAUAGCAAUAUACAUCUUGCAAUCACAGACUCCUAAUGAAUGAGAGGCUCAUAUGUGUCCAUAAGUAGCGUGGCAGUGUUUUCUUUGGAAUGGAUAGGCUUCUUUCUAUGAGUUAAUUGAAAAGAAGUACCAGCAGUGACAUGAAAAUUCAUAGUGAAGGCACUAUGAAAUGCCACAAUUACCAGACCUAAUAUAACCUAUUAAACAAACAAGGUGAAUCAUUUCAUGAAACUAAAUCUAAGAAACAACAUUGAAGUUGGAUAUAUAAGAAAGGCACUAGACAAAUAUGAAUGCAAUAGGCCAAUAGCCUUAACUCACAGUCACACUCCACAACAAAACACAUGGAACUAGAUUUGUUUUUUUAGAGAAAAAGUUUUGCACAGUUCAUGUUCUUAGUCACAUUUAAUAUACAAAAAAGUAAAUAAAAAUGUAAAUCGCAAACAAUAAACAUGACAUUUGUUUAUGUAGUUCGGUCAAAUGUGUCUUCGUCUGUCUCUUCAAAGCAAAUGUAAUUUUGUAUUAUUUUUUUGAAUAAAUAAGAGUUACAAGUAUAUCUUGUUAACUCAGCUUUCCAGCCCCUUGCAUCUCUUAUGUGAUUGAGUCAUUCUGAAGCUUUAGUAAUAGUACUGAUACUUGAUAGCAUAUUUAUGUUGAAUAGUUUCUUUCUUGUGCCAAGGCACCUAUGAUGGAAUAAUUGAUCACAUUCUUCCCGUUGAUUGAGGCUCACUUCUUGAAGGAGAUUAUGUAUCUGGACCCACUCAACUACAUACGAUUAUUACAUUAACACUUCUUCAUGCUUUAUCCAUGAAACGAAAUUAUUAUAGUCCUAAGUUAGUUGCAUAAUAAUGGCCUAUUGUUCAUAAACAAAUCUAAAAAAUUUAAAAAUAAACACUUUUAUUAACUUGCACAUAGUGUAAAUUGGUUUGUUACAAAUAUUUCAAUCUUAAAAAAAAAUGUAACUAUAUAGUACUACAUGUCAUUAUGUCAAUUGUUGAUUGGAAUACAAUUCCUGGCUCAUGAUUUUCUCUAUCAUUAUCAAAUUGUUUAUAUAAUCAGUCAACAUUUGCUUCUUGUGCAAGUCACAAGUUUACACGUCCUGCUUUAGUUUCUUUUCCUCUAAAUCAAACUAGAUGAUAAAUAAAUAAAAAAUAAUAUUUUUAAAAAAAAUAUAAAAUUAAAACGGUGUUGAACCAGACGUAGUUCAACCCGAGUGGUUGAACUACAAUAUAAUGCAAACCAAACCAAUUGGCAUUUUUUGGUUCAACCAUUUGAAUCGGCUCAUCUGGUCUGGUUUUAAAAACAUUUAUUCAUACAGCAUAGAAUUUUGAAUCUAUGACUUUCAUAUAUAGAUAUCCUGUGAAGAAUUGAGUAAAUCUAUAGAUGGAUAUGAUUUUUCAGCUACUUCUAUUUUGUCCCUUGUUGAAAAUCAAUAAAUAAGCAGUUUAUUAUGGUAUGCACGUUGGUGAUACACUUGUAAUUCCAUUCUGCAUUAUAAUAUAUCUAUUUUCAGCUAUGUUAGUGGGAGGCAGUUUUUUUUGGUUAUGUUUACAAGUCAAACCCAUGUUGUCCAAAUCCUCAAAACUCUCAUCUUUCAAUGAUAUUUCAUUCAUAGCUUAUUUCAUAAUCCAUAUCAUAUACUUGAGUCUUACUUUUUCCUCUUAUUCAAAAAGCUCACUUUGCCUUCAUUGAAAGAACUUCAUAUCACGUUUUUGUUGAUCCAACAAACAAUGCAGAAAUGAAACAGUCAACUGGUAGAAGCCGAUAUUGUUAGAUUGGACGUCAUCAGCAGAGUUCAAACCAUACUCAUGAUUGUGUGCGUGAGUUUCUAGUGGUUAUUACCUAUUCCUCUACAGACAAAAAAAGUAUUAAUGAAGCUCAAAAAUGAGAAACUAGUCAGGUUCUCUAAUGAUGGAAAGCUUAAUCUUGAGAAGCCAAUGCAAGUUUACAAAUUUCAGAAAAUUCUUAAUCCGAACGAUAUUGAUAUUGAUACUGAUAAUGAUAAGAACGGAAUGAAUAUCAAGUCUCCGACUUUUGGAAAGUUUAAGGUUUUUCAAGAAAAUCACGAACCAUGGAAGAAGAGAAUUCUUGAUCCGGGAAGUGAUUUAUUUCUCGAGUGGAAAAGAGCUUUCUUGUUUUCUUCCAUACUAUCACUUUUUGUUGAUCCGUUGUUUUUCUACCUCCCGUCUGUAUCAGUAGAAACUGAUAAUAAGAAUUCCUCGUGCAUGGUUACUGAUUUGAAUUUAGGAAUCAUCGUUACAUGUUUCCGGACAUUCGCCGAUGUUUUCUAUCUGCUGAACAUGGUCAUUAAGUUUAGGACAGCCUUUGUGUCACCGAGUUCAAGGGUUUUUGGAAGAGGCGAGCUUGUCAUGGACCCGAGUUUGAUCGCGAGGCGGUAUUUGAGAUCGGAGUUUUUCCUAGAUCUUUUAGCUACAUUGCCUCUUCCACAGAUUGUGAUUUGGUUUAUAAUGCCAGCAAUUCGAAGCUCUCAUGCCGAUCAUACCAACAACGCGCUAGUAUUGAUUGUUCUUCUUCAAUAUGUUCCUAGAUUGUAUAUGAUUUUUCCUUUAAGUUCUCAGAUUGUUAAAGCGACCGGUGUUGUCACAAAGACGGCUUGGGCCGGAGCUGCUUAUAAUCUUUUACUUUACAUGUUAGCUAGUCAUGUGUUGGGGGCAUCAUGGUAUUUGCUGUCAAUCGAAAGACACGCGACAUGCUGGAAAUCUGAAUGCAGAGACGAAAACUUACCUGUGAAAUGUGUUCUCGACUACCUCGAUUGCAGUAGUAUAAACGAUGCCGGUCGCGUGAAAUGGAUGAAUACUACUUCUGUGUUUAGUAACUGUAAUCCUGAAAGUAGCACAGAUUUUAAUUACGGAAUUUUCGGAAACGCAGUCCAAAAUAAUGUUCUUUCCUCUGUGUUUAUAGAGAAGUACCUCUAUUGUUUGUGGUGGGGAUUGCAGAAUUUGAGUUCCUAUGGCCAGAGUUUGACUACAAGCACAUUUGUUUGGGAGACUGCAUUUGCAAUACUCAUAGCUAUCUUAGGUUUGGUUUUGUUUGCACAUUUAAUUGGUAACAUGCAGACAUAUUUGCAAUCUAUUACUGUGAGGCUUGAAGAGUGGAGGCUCAAGCGACGUGACACGGAGGAGUGGAUGAAGCAUCGCCAACUCCCGGAGUUUCUUAGGGAGCGUGUCCGGAGAUUUGUUCAGUAUAAGUGGCUUGCGACUCGAGGUGUUGAUGAAGAAACUAUCCUAAGAGGCCUCCCUACAGAUCUUCGUAGAGAUAUUCAACGUCACCUUUGCUUAGACCUAGUUCGAAGGGUUCCCUUUUUCUCACAAAUGGAUGAUCAACUACUUGACGCAAUUUGCGAGCGAUUGGUAUCAUCUUUGAGUACGCAAGGCACAUACAUUGUCAGAGAAGGAGAUCCAGUUACCGAUAUGCUUUUUAUCAUCAGAGGGAAACUCGAAAGCUCGACCACAAACGGUGGCAGAACCGGUUUCUUUAACUCUAUUACCUUGAGACCAGGCGAUUUCUGUGGAGAAGAGUUACUUGCUUGGGCAUUGCUUCCAAAAUCUACUCUCAACUUGCCUUCUUCAACAAGAACAGUUAAAGCCCUGGUUGAAGUUGAAGCCUUUGAACUUAGAGCAGAAGACCUUAAAUUUGUAGCAAAUCAGUUUCGACGUCUUCAUAGCAAGAAGUUGCAGCAUACGUUCCGUUUCUACUCUUACCAUUGGAGGACAUGGGCUGCUUGUUUCAUUCAGGUCGCUUGGCGCCGGUUCAAGAAGCGAGUUUUGGCAAAUAGCCUUAGCCUGAGAGAAUACAAAUCCUUCAUCGAUGAACAAGCAAGAAAUCGAAUGGAACUCGAGAAAGAAGAGCGCGGUAACACUGCACAAGUAAAACAGAAUCUUGGUGUCACUAUAUUGGCUUCAAGAUUUGCUGCAAACACAAGGAAAGGAGUUCAGAAGAUCAAGGAUGUAGAAAUGCUCAAGUUGCAAAAGCCAGAAGAGCCAGAUUUCUCAGUAGAGCAUGAAGAUGAUUGAGCUCAAUACCGCAAUGUUAAAUGCAUUGUUCCUCGUCCGAAUAUGAACGGUCGCAUGUUGUGAACUUGUACAUCUUCAAAAAAUGUUUGUUCUCUUGUAUAUUAAAGUUUCUUGACAUACCAUACAACAUGUAUAUUACACUGCACUAUUGUUAGAAUGUUUAUACUUUUGGUUCCUGUCUUGUGACAUUUUUUGUGUGCUUACUUUUAUGUUUUAGUCUUGUAAUUUGAACUUUUGGUGGCACUUUGAAGAUUACUUGAUUUGAUGGCUUAAAGUUUUGUCUUGAACUUUCUUGUAAUUAUAUUGAGAUUAAAGUGUUGAUUAUGAGGGGAUAAAAAUAUUAUGUACUGUUGUUAUUGGUAAACUAUAUUAUCAUGACAGACAGAUCUGUCCAAGGAAAUGGGCCAAGCCCCUCCUUAAUCAUAAUAGUGAGUGGUCAAAACUAUAAAAACAU